UCGGCUCUUUGGGGCGAGGGCGCCAUGGCUGCUGCUGCAGGGGGUCACAUCCAGCGUCUAAGUGAUGAAGUCACUUGCUCCAUCUGCCUGGGUUACUUCAAGGAUCCAGUGACCAUCCCAGAGUGUGGGCACAACUUCUGCCAAUCCUGCCUGAUCCAGUGCUUUGGGGAAUCGGAGGCAGAGGCUUCCUGCCCUCAGUGCAGAGAAAGAGUUCAGAGAAGGAGCCUCAUUCCCAACCGGCAAUUGGCAAACCUCGUAGAAUUAAUUGAGAAUCUCAGCCUUCAAGGAGGGAAAGAGGAAGAAAGAAAUGGUGGAGUCUGCGAGGAUCACCAGGAGCCCCUGAAACUCUUUUGCAAGGAGGAUGAAGCCCCCAUCUGCGUGGUGUGUGACAAAUCAAAGGAACAUGAAAAUCACAAGGUGAUUCCUCUGAAGGAGGCUUUCGAGGAAUACAAGGGAGAGAUCUGUCACUGCCUGGAGAUUCUGAGGAAAGAGAGAGAGGAAAUCCUGGGCUAUCCAGCAGACCUGGAGAAGGAAAGCAAAGACCUCCUUAAAUUAACAGAAACGGAGAGGCUGAAGGCUGUGGAGAAGUUCAAAGAACUGCACCACUUCCUGGAAGAACAGGAAAAACAUCUGCAGAAUCAUGUGGAAGAGGUGGAGAAGGAGAUUGCAGGGAGAAGGGAUGAGCAGCUGGCCAGACUCUCCAGGAAACUCUCCUCUCUUGAGAGGGUCAUCAAGGAGAUGGAGGAGAAGCGUCAGCAGCCAGCGAGUGAACUCCUGCAGGAUGUGAGAAGCACUUUGCAGAGGUAUGAGAAAAGAGAGAGACCAGAGAAGCCACUGGCUUUCCCUCCAGAGCUGAGGAACAGGAUCUUGGAAUCCUGUGAUCUGAAUGGCCUUGUGGAGGAUACAAUGAAACAAUGGAAAGAUGCUCUGCUAUUCAGAGAACAGAUUCAGAAAGAUGUUCAGUCAUUCAGAAAUCUUCAGAGAGCAAAUGUCACUCUGGAUCCAGACACAGCCCAUCCCAAACUCAUCCUGUCGGAGGAUCGGAAAAGCGUAAGAUGGGGAGACGAAGAGCAAGACCUGCCUGACAAUCCUGAGAGAUUCAACUACCGGCCUUGUGUGUUGGGAUGUGAGGGAUUCACAGCAGGCAGACAUUUCUGGGAAGUCAAUGUUGAAAGUAGGGGGUAUUGGGCUGUGGGGGUUGCCAGGAAGUCUGUGAGGAGAAAGGGCCGCUUCUCCUUUAGGCCUGAGGAGGGGAUCUGGGUUGUGGAGAAGUCUGGAGGCAAGUACUCGGCCUGCACCUCCCCUGAUCCCUCUCCUCUGCCCCUGAGGGAGAAGCCCAGGAGGAUCCGGGUGACUCUGGACUAUGAAGGGGGACAUGUGUCUUUUUCUGACGCUGACUCAGGAGCCGAACUCUACACGUUCUCAGGAGCCUCCUUCUCUGGAGAGACCCUCCUCCCUUUCUUUUAUCUGAGGGGGGAUAAAACCCACCUCAGUAUCUCCUGAGGAGACUAAAUCUUCCUCUCAGGCCCAGCAGGAGUUUCUCUCCAGACCAGAGUGACUGAUAUAAAAAACAUUUACCCACCAAGAGCACUUUGUGCAGUUUUUCAAGGGCCCUUUGAGAGGAUUCAUUCCAGUCAAAAUCAGCAGAAAUAACAAAACAAAAAUGGGUUGUUGUGGCUUUGCAUUUUCCUUGCUUUUCCCAGAAUUCCCUCUGCUGCUUACUUCUUAAAGAGACAGUCACACAUUUACAAGUCCCAAUAAAUAAUAUUUUCCUCAAAAAAAAAAAUAAUAUUUACCUUCAAUCUUGUUUUCCUUUUGAGAUGUCUGAUUUGGCAGAGAAUGAGGCUCUUAACCCCAGGGUUGUGGGUCUGAGCCCCAUGUUGGGCAAAGGUUUCCUGCACUGCAGGGGAUGGGACUAGAUUUCCCUCAACUCUGCAAUUCUAGGAAACCUUUCUCUCCCCACAAGACCUUAUGCAGCUGAAAAAUUCAUGCAUCAUUGGAUUAAUAGAUGACUAAAAAAUGAACCCCUUCCCCCACGUCAGGCAGGAUAGCUCCUUGCUCUGGAGACCUUAGAUGGGAAGAAAAUGAAAAAGAAAUUGAACAGGGCAUCAGCUUCAAAUGCCCUCUGCAAAUGCAGCCUCGUCAUUUCCACACUUUGACAGAAAUAAACCUCAUUGCAUUGA